GUCGAGCUUCUUAAACCUGGAAAGUGAGAAACGCGAAGGGGACUCCUCCGAUGGAAAGUGGCCUGUGAAGUGAUUUGGUGGAAUUUGGUGGAAGAGGUGGUGAACGUGUUGGGAUCAGGGAAAUUGGACAGUGAUAACUAGAAGAAAUGGGACUAGCGGAGAGAGAGGCCGAAAUGCAGGAGCUAGAAACCUCGAGACCCGGCAGAUCGCGAGAUCUCUUUGGCGUGCAGCUCGAGGUUACCUCUUUACUUUUAGAAGGUGAACGCAGAAAACUUGCGGUCCUCCAGAGGGAACUGCAAGUUGCUCUCGAAGAAGGGGGAAGCGUGAAAGUUAAAGAAAAGCAGCGGCAGGAAUUGCUGCACGCCAUAUCGAAAAUUCAAGGACAGCACGAACAGCUCGACAAGGAAUAUAGAAUCCACGCUGCCGGUGUUCUCUUAUGCAACUCGAGGGGUUCCGGGAAGGUAAGCGUUUUGUCAUUAUUCUUUCCUCCCUUGGCCGUGAUUUACCGAAGAUAAAUAGCCUCUCUCGAUCAUCUCAACGCGAUCUAUUAUUUGUUAGAGCGUAAAGCAGUAAGGCCACCCGCCCUUCCGCUAUUUUAACACUCGAUUCUUCCUUGAAUAAAUUCUAUCGAUCGAUCGAUCGAUCGAAUCCUCUCCCUGCGAGAGGAGAGGCCAACGAGAAUACCUUCUUACGUGGCUUUUUAAGAAAUUGGAUAUUCCUUGGCUUUUUAAAACAUUGUCGCACUGAUUUAUAGUUUGAUAAUAUUUUUGAUAUUUGUAAAUUAUCGAUAAAUCGUGUUUAUCGAUAAUUUUUUUUUUUUUAAAUUUUGAUUGAUCUUGAAGUUUUAUCGUGGAUAAAUUUUCUUUGUUAUUCGUGAAAGAACAAAGAUCGUUUUUUUUAUCUCGUAUUAUCUUCUAUUGAAUUUUUAAAAUGUAAUCUGAAAAGUGAUUGAUUUCGCUAUUAUCAUGCGAAAAUGCCAUUGAAAUACUUAGAACAGUAUUAUUUUAUUCGCGUUAAAACUGAUUAAAAUUUUUUAGGAUAAACAAUUUCUUUUUGAACAAAUACGCGAAAAAAUUUUCGACGACUUCCAACAAUGAAAUAUUUUAUCGAAUUCGCGAUGGAAACAUUAUUCGAAUUUGUGUUAAAAAAAAGAGCUCGAGCUUGAAAAAAGUUGUCACAUCUUUGAGCAGACAAAUGACACCUACUUUCAGUCUCUUUAUAUAUUAUAUUCGAGAAGAAUGGAAAUUUCCAGGGAAAUCAGAGGGGUUGGUGAUCUCUUUUUAAUGUCACGUUACCUAUCAACCUAACACAUUCAAUUUUCUCCCUUUUCCCAUACAAUAAUCCUUCUUUGCCCCGAUAAAUGAAAAAUCCCUUCCUCUAAUAUAUGUUCACAUUUCGUAAUACGAUUCACAAUUUGUCAAAAUUAUUCUCUAUUUUAACGAACAUAAAAAUUAAAAAUCCCACCAAAAUCAAUUUAUUUCCAAAACGUUUGAAUUAUCCACGACUUGCACAUAAUCUUAAAAUUACCUUUACUAAUACGUAAAAAAAAAAAAAAAGAAAAAAAUUCUCACUAAAAUUUAUUUCAUAAAUUUACAAGGGAA